AUGGCUGCGGUGGCGGCUGCUGGAGACGAGGACGAUCAGGCGGAGGUGUUUAUCCCGAGGGGUCGAAGCCAGACAGACGAAUUAGAAUACUUAGGACUACAGUCUAUUGACAGGGCAUGUCUUGAGAUUUACCCAGACCAACCAAACCCCCUUCAAGCAACAGCAGUUGUCAAGCUAUGGUUGGGAGGCCCAGACCCCCUGGACUACAUAUCUAUGUACUCUAACCCAGGUGAUUCAAAUCUUGCCAUUCUUCCUCACUGGCACUACGUCAGCUAUGGCUUCAGUGAUCUCCAUGGUGAUAACCGAGUCCAUCCUGUCUCAGGACCAGGGCAACCAAGUGGAUUUGGAUUUGAGCUGACCUUUCGAUUGAAGAAGGAAGAUGAUCAAAGUGUUCCUCCAAUGUGGCCCUCAAACCUUAUGAACAAACUAGCAACUUAUGUUUUUCAGACAGGAAAUGUUUUACAGGUAGGGGACCAUAUCCCUUGGCACUGCCCACUAGAUGGAGGCAAUAGCUCUGAAAUACAGCAUAUGUUGAUUACCUCAGACUCUCAAAUCCCAGAUCUGGAUACUCCGUACGGGUACCUUCAGUUCCGACAGAUUGUUGGAGUGAAAGAUGAUGAGUUGAGAGCAGCGCAGAAAUGGAAAGGUGCUGGUGUACUGGAACUUAUGUGUACAGUUAAAGAGAUUGGUCCCUAUUUCAUCACCGACAUGUCCAGAACACGGUCAAUCUUUGAGAUGGACAUCAACUUACUGCAUCAGGUAACAGCGGGAAUAGAACAGGAUGGAUCAAAUCUGGGUCAUGUGACGGCUGUGUGUUCUUGGGUGGAAAUUUCAGCAGGGACUGUGUUUGAAAGGGAGGCAGACAUGGUGACACAGACGCCUUCAGGGGAUGGAAUGGACACUGGCGAUGACACCGUCACACUCUGCCCACCAGAGACCCUUGAAGCAGUACAUCUCAAGUUUGAUGCUGAAGCAGCUGAACUCCUGCCAUUGAUUGUCAAAGCUAGACUGCAGAAAGGUCGAUUCUUCGUAUUCCACAAUGCAGAAAACUAUGCAAUUCAUUUGAUACCACCAUCUUGCCAGGAGGAUAAUCAGUUUGUUAGCCAAGGAGAGCCUCUUAAAGCGCAAAGUACAUUCCUACAGAUCUACUGUUCAGAGGCCCUAAUAGACAAAAUGUCACAGGAGUUCGAAAUUUUACAAGAUAAUUCUGAGGAGAACCAGAAUUAUCCAAUCGAGUUCCGGUUUUCUGACCCAACUGUUGUGAUAACAGUUUCUCCAAGAGGACAACUCUAUUGUGAUGUGUGAUGAAAAAGGAUGAAAUUCUUUAAGAUUUUAAGUUUGUAUAUAUUGCCUGUGACCUUAUAUCUGACCUCCAUUUCUUAAGAGAGAUUAA